AUGGCCGGUCCUCGAGAUUAUGAUCACUUGUUCAAGCUGUUGAUCAUUGGCGACAGCGGAGUCGGGAAAAGUAGCCUGUUGCUUCGUUUCGCCGAUAAUGUCUUUUCCGGUGCGUUUUUGAAAAUGAUCCGAAAAAAGUUAUACAAUGUCUGAACUUCAAACGGGUAUAAAAGCGGUUUUUAAACAAGUUUUUUUUUGUAUUAAUUGAUUUUUAAAGCGCAAAAAGAUAAGUUUUUUUCUGUUAUUUUUUUCGAAAAAAAGUUGAAAAAAAUAUCUAUAUCUGAUUUUUCGACCUGGUCAAAAAGCGGGUUUUUUUCCUCCAUUUGCCAAUAUUUAUUUUUAAAUUUUAUUUUUUUCAAAAUUUUGAAAAAAAGUCAUGCAUCCUUUUUGUUUUGUCCUCUUAGCAGCCUAGAAUGACACCUCUUCAAUAUAAAUUGACCCUUUUCCCUUCUUUUUUCACUUUUGGUGAGCCUCCGAAUUUCUGGAAAGAAGGCUCAGUAAAUGCCGCACAACGGAACCCUUUCAGCGAUUUUUCGAACCCGAUUUCGCCAGCGCUUUUCGUAUUUUCGUGAAGAAUUUGGAAAAUUACCUUUUUUUGAAGACAACUACAUCACGACGAUCGGAGUCGACUUCAAAAUCCGAACGAUGGAUAUCGACGGUCAAAGGGUGAAACUGCAGAUUUGGGACACGGCCGGCCAGGAACGAUUCAGAACCAUCACCUCGACGUUAGUCAAAUGAGAAACGAAAAAAAAAAUACAUUUUUGAACCCAAUCUGACGAUAAUUCUGAAAGAAUUUGGCCUGUUGAAUAACGGAAAAAGAAGUUUGGAAAUAUUGAAUACGUCUUCUAGAGCUUAUCUUUCUGUGAAAGGUCCAUCCGAAUUUAAUGACCUCUCUGAUUUUUGAGAAAAAUGCUUCGAAAAGGUCCGUGCAGCAAAAGUUGCUCCAUGGACAAAAUCAAAAUUUUUUUCAUUUUUUCAACUCUCAUUCAUUUUUCCUUCAUUUUUGUGUAAUAAAAAAACAAUAUAAAAAUAGAAUAUUCAUCAUUGAAUCUUCCAAUUUCAAUAAUAUUGGGAAAGACUUUUCUAUAAAAAGUCAAAAGGUCUUUAAGCCGAUUUUUGAGUGAAUAUUUAGAAAAAAUUCUCAAAAAGGCCCCUAAUUUUCAAAUUAUAUCCUUUAUUGACCACGUAUUUUUGAUGGGGGUUGUUUUUUUUCCUCCUGUUUUUACAAUAUUUUCAACUCUUUGUGCAAAAAUUUUUAGUGGUCACUACAGAGACUCGCGAAGGACUACUUGGAGAGGACACUGAAGUGGCCACUAAGGUUCUCUAUUUAGUGGUCACUUCAGUAGUUUUUCCUCCAGUAUUUCCUCCCAGUAAUUCUGAUAAUUUUCAAACAAACAGAUUGGACCAGUUAUGUAGAUCCAUUGACCCCUAAAGUAGCCACUAAAAUGUUUAGUGGUCGAUUAGAAGCACUUAGACCUCUAUAGUGGCCCCUGAAACGUCAAAACCCCAAAGUGGCCACUUGAAUAUUUUUCCAGUUUCUUGGAGUAAUAUUAUUGAAAUCAAAUUUUGAAGAUGCCGUUUUUCGAGAAAUCAGUAUCAGAAAAUCAUUUUUGAGUAUAAAACUUUCGUAGGUACUACCGCGGGACCCACGGCGUCGUCGUCGUUUUCGACGUCACCAAUGGAGAAUCUUUCGGAAACGUCAAACGUUGGCUUCACGAGAUCGAGGCCAACUGCGACAAUGUCCAGAAGGUCCUGGGUGGGUUUCCUGUUUCACUUUUUAAUUAUAAGUUGACGAAUUUUUUUUUAUUGUUGUGAUAUCCCCAUUGAAACACUAAAAGUUUUUGAAAAUUAUGAUUUUUUUGAAUAUUUUUUUCAGGCCUAUAUGGUUUUUAAAAAAAUAGAACAAUCUACAGGAAAAAUAUUGAAUAUAUAUUCAGUUUUUUUGUCGCAAUUUUAAUAAAACUAUUCUUUUGGACUUGCGAAAAAAAUGUUGGCAAUUUUGAUUUGAGGGUUUUUUUGAAUUUGAAUUGAAACGAGAAGUGUUUUUUUAGCGUAGGUCUUAGAAUUUGUUAGGAUUUUUUUUUAAAAAAAGCUUCAUUGAGCUCAGAAACAGGGUUAACAUAGCGGAAAAAAACACCAAAAAGGAUAAUUUUUAAAUUUUUUUAAAAAAAUUUGCUCAGUUUCUUCGAAAAUUCAUUUUUUUAAUAUAUGAAUACCAUCAAAAAGAUCCUGAAAAUGAGCUUAAAUUUUUUUCAUUUCAGGAAAUUUUUAUUACACUCAAAAAUAACCUUAAAAAAAUAACUUUUUUUAGCGCUUUCUCAUGUAUCGUUUUUAUCAGAAAGGCCCUUUUUAAGGAGCUAAGAAAGCCCUAAUUAGUUCCAGAAAAGGGGGAAUGAGAAUCCGGUAAAAGGUCCUUUUUUUCUUUAAAAAGAAGCUUCAUAUCAAGCUCCAAAAUUUUUUUAUCGAAAAAUAGAAUAGUUUCUGGUGACCAGAGGGGCAAGAUCCAUAUACCCAGAAAAAAAUGAGUUUAAUUUUUAUAAAAAAAUUGAAACUUUCUGACUUUUGAGGGUUCCCCAUUUUUCUCUCCCCAGUCGUAUUGGACACUGUUUUUUUGAGACCGGACUUGUAAUCAGCGUAAAAAAUUAAAUAUGGAGAUUAUAGUCUCAUUCAGAAGUCAUCCAUGAAGUUUUUUUUUGCAUCUUAUUAGAAAAAGGAGCUUUUUUAGUGUCCUUAACUGGUCACUCACAAGGAGUAAUCGAUUUUUAAUUGGUAAAUGCGUUUUUUGAGCAUUUUUUUUGAAAAUUCCAGUAUAAAUUGUAAAGUUACUUGUUUUUUUUUUCAGAACGGUAAAGUUACUAUCUAUUUUAGUGAAUAAUUUGAGAUAUAUUGAUCAAUAUGAUGGUAAUGUUUUCAAGUCGGGAACAAGUGCGAAGACGAAUCGAGAAGAGUCGUCUUGGAGUCGGACGCGAAGCAAUUCGCCGACUCGAUGAACAUAAAAUUCUUCGAAACUAGCGCCAAGGAGGAUCGGAAUGUCGAAGCGGUCGGUUCUUCAUCUUCCCGUUUCAUCGAGAAUUCUUAGUAACCAAUAAAAAGAAUAAUUUGAUGAUUUGAUGUGGAGCAAAUAUGGAAAUAGAAAGGUAUUUUUUUGGGAUUUUAGGCCGUGUUUUGCAUUUGUAAAAUACGGCCGUCGCGAUAAUCAGUAGCUGGAUGCCGCGUUUCAAAAAAACUUUGAAGAAACGCGGCAAAUUGAAAUGAAGAGGUCACUUAAGAAUAUUUAGCAGCCCUAGAGUGAACCCUUGGAUCUACUUCGCCGCCUAAAUUUUUCAAUUUUUCUUCUAUUUUUUUAUAGAUUAAAUUAUCGCGUAUAAAUCGCGUAUAUAUAUAAAUCGCGAAGGCCGUGUUUCACAAAUAAAAACACGGCCUAACUUUCCAAAAUGUUCCCGUUUUCAAUUUCUUAGUCCCCAGUAUUGAGGGGGACAAACGGAGCGGUCGUUUCUCCGAGUACCCCUUAAAGGAUCACUAGGGGAACGUAAGUGGUCGCUCAAGUGGCCCCUUUAGGGGUGUGGUACUUGGAGAAACAAAAAAAAAUUGAGAAACCGCUAUAGGGACCGCUGAAGCUUCAUGAGCUUAAAGGUCAGACUCUAGGAAUCUAGGGAGCGUUAUUUUGUCCACUAUAGGGGCUUUUUUCCCUGAAUCCUCUAGUGAACACUUUGGAGUCCCUAAGUAUGACGACUAAAACGACAAAACGGAUAUUGAUUGAUUGAUUGAAGAUGCUCCAAUUUUUCUGAAACAUUCCAACUUUUCAGAUGUUCUCGUGCAUCACGCGGCUGGUCCUGACGGCGAAACUGUCGAACCCGACGGCGACGAGUACUCCGGCACGUGGCGUCUCCCUCAAGGACGGCGCCCAGCGCGAGAAAAAGAAGUGCAAGUGCGGGUAA